AGGAAAAUUUUCCUGAUUCAGGAAAAAAACAGACCCCGUUGGCGGGCCGGUCCUGAUUGCGUAGGGUUUUUUUUGUUCGGCAUCCUGUUUUUUCAGCGGUUUUUUUGUAGUGAACUCUGAUCACUCCGCAUGGUUUAUGUAACGCGUACGGAUUCGGCGAAUUCACACUAGCAACGGCAACCUGGCUCCAAACAACGCAGCUUCACCACCUUCUGUCGAGUCCUUACAUCGGCCUCAUGCUGGACGAGAGCACCGACCGCUGCCGAGGGAAGCACUUGAUUGUGUACGCCCACUUCAUCCGUGACAACCGGCUGGUGUGCGAGUACCUGGCCUUGCUGACGGUGGACAAAGCCGAUGCGUCUUCACUGCUCGCCCUACUGCUUACCCACCUGAACGCCAUUGGGGUGGAUCUCCAGCGAGUCUCCGGGAUCAGCACUGAUGGGGCGGCUGUCAUGAUGGGGUCGAAGAGUGGGCUUGUUACUCGACUGCGCCAGCAAUGGCCGUGCUUCCGCUGAGCACGGUGGAAUGUGAGCGGGGAUUCUCACGACAGAAUGUCAUCAAGUCGUGGCUGCGGGGCAGCCUGAAGGACACACGGCUGAGCGAUCUCAUGUGCAUCAGUCUGCUCGAUUAUGA